AAAGAGAGAGGGAGAGAAAAAGAAAUCUCCAAGUCUUUGCUGUUGUUUGUGUGCGCUUUUUGUAACGCAGAUACAUAUGAAUUUUUGUAGAUACAUUUACUACUUAUUCGCUGCACUUGCGUUUAGGUUGGUAAAAGAUGUCAAAUAUCUGGCAAUAAAAAAAUUUUGUUUGACAUCACAGCGAGUGAGUGUAGGCUCAAUUUGAGUUGUGUGAAGAAAUUGAAAAAAAAAAAAUUAUAUAGAAACUUAUUUUCCCAGUCAAGCUGUACAAAAGUGUGAAGCUCAAUUGUAGAAAGAAUGAAAGGAAAAAUUAAUGCAAAAAUCAUAUAAAAUUAUAUGAAAAAAUUUACCAAUUCCGAAUACUGUUUGUGAAGUGCAAGAGAAGCCCACUAACUGUUUUUGCAUAUUUAUCCAUUACUAAAAUACAAAGUAUAACUGUACUUGAAAAUGCCUAAAGGCGGGGAGGACCGCCGGUAGACUUUUGGGUCAAAUAAACCCAAAAAUAAACGUUAACAGACGGCAAAUGCCUUAAGCAAUGACUAAGACGUCUAAUAAAAUGUCUGGUAUUACUAACAACAACAACAACAACAACAACAAUACCAACAUCAAUAACAAUAACAAUAAUAAUAAUAAUAACAUAAACAAACUGAGCGACAAGUUUUUAAGUGCCAACCCAACAAAAACGAACGAAGCGUCGUCUAAUACCUUGCCAGCAACUGGUGUCAAUACCACCAUAAUCAACAACAACAAUAACAGCAAAAGCAGCAGCAAUAGCAACACCAACGCCAUCGCCAUCGCCACCUCCCUUAAUAACCCGAAAUCGAAUAACAACAACGACUGUGACAAAAUAACACAACAGCAAUUUUCUGCCACGAUUUCAAGUAAAUUACAAGCCCCACAAACACGUCGCUCGCUCCCAGCUCCCAGUAGUGUACCAGCAUUGGCGCAACACACACACCGCACACAGCACACACAGCAACGUGAGCACAGCGUAACGACAACCACAUCGUCAUCGGCAUUGCCCUCAGCCAACGCAAUUACAAAAUACUCAAACGGCGCCACAUUGCCUUCACACCAACUCCAAACCAUCGCCACCGUACAUCAUCAUCACACGCAACAGCACACGGCGGAGCCAACAGCGGGUGCUUCGACGCCUGGCGGCACUGGUAUUUCGGCAGACGCUCAGCAAUCACACACACAGCCACACCCACACUCGCACGCGCACGUACAUCCGACAUCCUCGCAUACUCUAAAGGAUCAGCGUCACCAUAAUCACAACCUCCAGCAGCAUCUGCAUCACCUCAACCAGCAACAACAAACGACUUCAAAGCAGCAUUUGAGUGGCGGCGAGAGCGAGGUUAUUUCGUCGGCAACUGCUUCGGCUGCUCUCAACUCGGCCGCCUUGCAGCAGCAACGCAACGCUUACAAUCUACAGGCGUUGAAAGCUGCCAAUCAUUUAAAGGCGCCAGCACAUUCCAUACCACCACGGUACCAACCACCACCCCAGCCGAGCAAUAAUCAGGCUGGCAUAUUGAAGCAUAUAAAUACAUUGCGUAGCGGCGCUGGUGAAAGUGCUGAGUCGACAUUAGGCCAACGUCAGUUGACGGCCACGAGUGGUAUUGGUGGUGGUAAGCAUCACACGUCAAACAACUUUGAUACAACGCACUUCAAUCUUAAAUAUCCGCCGGAUAUACCGCAGUUGUCCCCGGUCUAUAUACCCGAUUCGCUCAAGCUUUCCGGUGGUGGUGGACGCUAUUUGCCAUCUCAUCAAGCGACGCUCGGUCAGAGGCAAUCAUCUGGUAGACUGGGCGGUGGUCUUACCCACAACACGCAAUAUUUCUAUAAUCCACAACAACAACAGCAGUAUCGACAACAACAACAACAACAACAGCAGCAGCAACAACAACAAGUGGAACAACAACAUCAGCAAGAUAUGCUUAAGUUCGUGCGGAAAAGUGAUCAAGAUCAUCCCUCACCGAACGCUUCGAUCACUUCGAGCGCGGCGACUGUGGCGACGGGCACGCGGCUCACGGCUGAACAAAAUCGACAGUUACAGGGCCUUAUCAAUGAGCUACGAGUCUUGAAAGAACAGAAUCAACGCUUGCUCGAUGAUAAUCAGGAACUCCGCGACUUAUGUUGCUUUCUCGACGACGACCGACAGAAGGGCAGAAAGCUCGCACGGGAAUGGCAACGUUUCGGCAGAUACACAGCCAGUGUGAUGCGACAAGAGGUGGCCGCUUAUCAGCACAAGCUACGUCAACUCGAUGACAAACAGCAAGAGCUAAUAACCGACAAUCUGGAACUGAAGGAAUUGUGCCUCUAUUUGGACGAAGAGCGCACACACAUAGCGGCGAAUGCACUUUGUGCCAAUUGCGGCACUUCCGUACGUAAUCCCUUGCGCGACGAUGGUGAUGGCAGUAGUUCGAGCACAAACGCAGAAGAAACACUAUCGGCGUUAAGGAAUUACGAACGACAAAUGCCGGACUCUACGCUACGCACCACGCUCAGCGAUCAGACCGUCCAAUACGUGCGCUCGUUGGAACGACGCAUACGGCAAUUGGAGGAGGAACGUGUCGGUGCGACCACACCGACUGCCAACAUACUUGCCGCGCAGCUCAAUCAACCUCAAGCACAAACAGCGCAAACCCAACAACAACUCCAACAACAACAACAACAACAACAGCAGCAGCAACAGCAACAGCAACAAUCUACACAAAAUGCACUUAUCGAUCCGAUAUCAAGUCGACCCGAAGCGGUGGUGCGUGCACUGCAAGUGCUGGAGGUACGCGAACAGCUGGAGCGAGAUCGUCUCAGUGGUCUCAUUGAGAAUUCCCGAGAUCAAAUGGAUGACGGUGAAAAGGCGUUGGUACGAGAAAUGUGUAAUGUGGUGUGGCGAAAGUUGGAAAGUAAUGUUCCGAAUGCUCCGGGUAGUAUGUAAGACGGGCACUUAUGUUUAGGUGAAGAAGAAGAAGAAGAAGAAGAAUAAACUUUGCCAAUUUGAAUCAUUAAAUGAAUCACUAAUUUACACGUACACCUGCAAACAUUCACACACCCAUACAUACUUACAUAAGCAUUUAAUUUUAUUUAUGGUAGAGUAGUUCGAUAACCCCUUCUACAUCACAAAGCUAUCUAGCGUAUUUAUGUACUCGUAGUAUGUACCCAAAUGAGAAUAUGUUAUUAACAAAACAAUAAAAAAUGUUUUAAAUCCAAAA